AUGUUUUCUUUCUUUCUUUCUUUCUUUCUUAGUCUUUUCUUUCUUUCUUUCUUUCUUUCUUUCUUUCUUUCUUACUCUUAUCUUUUCUUUCUUUCUUCCUUUCUUUCUUUCUUUCUUAGUCUUUUCUUUCUUUCUUUCUUUAUUUCUUCUUUCUUUCUUAGUCUUUUCUUUUCUUUCUUUCUUUCUUUCUUAGUCUUUUCUUUCUUUCUUUCUUUCUUUCUUUCUUUCAUAGUCUUUUCUUUCUUUCUUUCUUUCUUUCUUCUUUCUUUCUUAGUCUUUUCUUUCUUUCUUCCUUUCUUCCUUUCUUUCUUUCUUUCUUAUCUUUUCUUUCUUUCUUUCUUUCUUUCUUUCUUAGUCUUUUCUUUCUUUCUUUCUUUCUUUCUUAGUCUUUUCUUUCUUUCUUUCUAUCUUUCUUUCUUAGUCUUUUCUUUCUUUCUUUCUUUCUAUCUUUCUUUCUUAUCUUUUCUUUCUUUCUUUCUUUCUUUCUUUCUUUCUUUCUUAGUCUUUUCUUUCUUUCUUUCUUUCUUUCUUAGUCUUUUCUUUCUUUCUUUCUUAGUCUUUUCUUUCUUUCUAUCUUUCUUUCUUUCUUUCUUAGUCUUUUCUUUCUUUCUUUCUUUCUUUCUUAGUCUUUUCUUUCUAUCUUUCUUUCUUUCUUUCUUUCUUUCUUUCUUAGUCUUUUCUUUCUUUCUUUCUUUCUUUCUUUUUUCUUUCUCGGCCUUUUCUUUCUUUCUUUCUCAGCAUUUUCUUUCUUUCUUUUUUCUUUCUUUCUUUUUUCUUUCUUUCUUUUUUCUUUCUUUCUUUCUCUCUCAGCCUUUUCUUUCUUUCUUUCUUCAUUUCCUUUGUCCUUUAUUUUCUUUCUUUCAUUCUUUUCCUUUCUUCCUUUCGUCCUUCCUACCUUUCCUUCUUUACGUAUUCCUUUCUUUAUUCUUUCUUUUCUUUCUUUCUUUCAUCCCCGACCUUUUCUUUAUUUUUCUCUCUCAGCCUUUUCUUUCUUUCUUUCUUUCUUUCUUUCUGCUCAGCCUUUUCUUUCUUUCUUUCUUUCUUUCUUUAACACCUUUGGUUCUUUCUUUCUUUCUUUCUUUCUUUCUUUCUUUCUUUCUUUCUUACAAGCAGAUGUUUUCUUUCUUUCUAUCUUUAUUUCUGUCUCAGCAUUUUCUUCCACAAUUUUUCUUUCGCAGUUUUUCAUUCUUUUUCUUCCUUUCUCAGUCUUUCUUUUUCUUUAUUUGUUUCUUUCUAUCUUUCUCCCUGACACGUUACUUUUUCGGUUUUUUUCUUCCUUUCUUUCUUUCUUUCUCUAACUUUUAUUUUUCGUUCUUUUUUCUUUUUUGUAGUCUUUCUUUCUCAUUUCUUCAUCAGCUCUUUCGUUCUUUCUUUCUUUCUUUCUUUCGUUCUUUCUUUCGUUCUUUCUUUCUUUCUUUCUUUCUUUCCUUGUCAGCCUUUUAUUCUUCAUACUUUUUCUUUUUUUCCCAGUCUUCCUUUUUAUUUCUUCAUCCGCCUUUUCGUGCGUCCUUUCUUUUUCUUUCUUUCUUUCUUUCUUUCUUUCUUUCUUUCUUUCUUUCUUUCACGCAAAUUCUUUCUUUCUCUCAUUUUUUUAAUCUGUCUCUUGUUGUUUCUUUCUUUCUUUCAUUCUUUCUUUCUUACAAGCAGAUGUUUUCUUUUUCCUUCUUUCUUUCUCUCUUUUUCUUUUAUUUCUCUCUUUCUUUAUCAGUCUUCUCUUUCUUACUUUCUUUCUUUCUUUUUUUCUCGGCUUUUUCUUUCUCAGUCUUACUUUCUUUCUUUUUUCUUUUUCUUUCUUUCUCUGCCGUCUCUCUUUUUUCUUCUUAG